GCUCCAUCAAGGAUGGCAACAAGUGCGACGAUGGGGGUGAUGAACCCGCUCCUCGGCAAGCUCAGCCAGCUGCUCGGCGAGGAGUACAAGAAGCUCACGGGGGUCAGGAAGCAGGCCUCCUUCCUCAAGGACGAGCUCAGCGCCAUGAAAGCUCUCCUUGACAAGAUGGAGCUCAUGGACAAGCUCGAUCCCUCGGCUAAGGACUGGAGGGACCACAUCAGGGAGAUGUCCUAUGAUAUGGAGAACUGCAUCGAUGACUUCAUUCAUGACAUUGAAGGUGCCGGUGCAAAGAAAGGCUUCGCCAGGAAGAUGGCUCAACGACUUAGAAGGUUGGGGAGGCGUCAUCAGAUCGCCAGCCGCAUAGAGGACCUCAAGGUUCUCGCGGUGGAAGCAAAUGCUCGGCGUCAGAGGUGCAAGAUUGAUGAUUGCAUCAGUUCGAGUAACAAAAUCGUGGUUGUGGAUCCUCGAAUUUCGGCGCUCUAUAAGGAGGCAACAUGCCUUGUUGGUAUUGAUGGACCGAGAGAAGAGCUUGUCAGUUUGCUGAUGGAUUCCCAGAAGAAACUCAAAGUGGUUUCCAUCGUAGGGUUUGGAGGUUUGGGUAAAACCACGCUUGCCAAACAAGUGUAUGAUAAGGUUGGAGGACAGUUUAAUUGCAAAGCAUUUUUCUCAGUCUCCCAAAGGCCAGAUGUGAAAAUCCUUCUCAGUGGCCUAUAAAAAGAGCUUGGGAUGGGGGAUACCUCUAGUGCUUGCGAGUUGCAAGGUAUUAUUGAUCGCCUUAGAGAGCACCUCAAACAUAAGAGGUACUUCAUUGUAGUCGAUGACUUGUGGGAUCAAUCAGCAUGGAAUAGUAUUAGUUGUGCCUUUCCGGAAAAUGGUGAUGGAAGCAGAGUAAUAGUAACCACACGAAUGGAAGACAUAGCUAUUGGCGUGUGUUACAGUAACCGUGCCUGCAUUUACAGAAUGAAGCGACUCGAAGAGCAAGACUCAAGAAGAUUACUUUUUAAUAAAGUAUUUGGGCCCGAAAAUGUCUGCCAACCACAGUAUAAAGAAAUUUCAACUCAAAUUAUCAAGAAGUGUGGCGGAUUGCCACUUGCAAUUAUCACAAUAGCUAGCCUAUUAGCUAGCCACGAAGCAAGACCGUUGAGUGAAUGGGAGAGCAUAAAGAAUUCUCUUGGUGCCAAUUCUGCCACAAAACCCACCUUGGAAGAGAUGAGGGGUAUACUGAACCUUAGCUACAUGCAUCUUCCUAUUUAUCUUCGGCCAUGUUUUUUGUAUCUUGGCAUGUACCCGGAAGACCGUGAGAUUCCGAGGGAUGAGCUAGUUCGGCAAUGGAUGGCCGAAGGUUUUGUUUGUAGUUCGCAUAGAGCGGAUCUGGAUGAUGUUGCAAAAAGUUAUUUCAAUGAGCUUCUCAAUAGAAGUAUGAUUCAGCCCGGAAGAACAUCUUAUGGGGAGGUAUUUUCUUGCAGAGUGCACGAUGUGAUGCUUGAUUUGAUCCUAAGCAAGAGUAUGGAAGAUAACUUUAUCAGUGUAGCAUAUAACUAUGAAGACAUGGCAAGAUUGCACAGUUGGAAGUACAAGGUUCGUCGAUUAUCCCUCCAAUCAGGUGUAGGUGGUCCAACAUCGGAGACCCUUGCUACUAGCAUGACACAAGUUCGAUCAUAUGCAUGGUUUGGAGAAUCCCAAUACACUCCUCCCCUUUCACAGUUUAAGUAUCUACGGGUGCUUGCCUUUGAAUUCCCUUUGCUUUUGGAAACCACAGUUGACCUCACUGCAAUCGGCCAUUUGUUUUUACUAAGAUAUUUAAAUGUCUCGGCCUCAUCAGCAGUCAUAGUGUUCCCGACAAAAAUUCAAGGGCUUGUGCAUUUGCAAACUCUUGUGGUAUAUUGCGAGCGGACGCAAAGCUUUCCUUCAGACAUAAGUUGUUUGGCCAACUUGUUUCAUUUGAUGCUUCCAAGAGAUAUAGCGUUGCCUGAAGGUAUCAUGAAGAUGAAAUCACUCCGCACCCUGCAUUGUCGGGACAUGUCGAAGAGUUUGCUGGAGGAUAUCAAAGGCCUUGGUGAGCUGACCAAUCUGAAGGAAUUGUACUUAGACACGAACAAAAACAAUUGCUUGACGUUGGAACAAGAGGAUGCUUUGGUCUCCUCCAUCGGAAUGCUCCAAGAACUCAAGAUCCUUAAGCUCAAGUGGGUGCGUGGAUGGAGCGACACUAUGAGCCAGCUGGACUCAUUACAUGAUCCUCCUCAUCGUCUCGAGGUACUCUAUCUGCCACAUUGGGAUUUCAGAAGAGUUCCCACAUGGAUCGGUGAACUAUGUUGCCUCCAGAUGCUCGAUCUGAACGUGUUGCACCUGUCGAGUGAUGAGGUUCGUGUUCUUGGUGAGCUCCCCUCCCUCGUCUAUGUCAGGCUCUAUGUGUCAGAUGUCUCGCAAGACAAAGUUGUGGUUGGCAUGGGGUUGUUCCCAGUUCUGGAGCACUUUUUGUUUCAGUCUAAGGAAGAUGUCAAUCCGUACCUGAGCUUCGAGGCAGGAGCUAUGUCCAAGCUACAAAAACUCACCCUAGGAUUCAGGAAAGAUUGGAGAGGCUUGGAGUGCCUGCCCUGCCUCCAGAAAAUCGAAGUGUUCACGAGGUACCCGCAGAAGCCGACUCUGAUUUCAAGGGUGCCGCAAGGUGUACGGGCUGAAAUCGAGUCUGCCUUCAAGGCUGCCGCAAGACUGCACCCAAGGCAACCCUCUGUCAUUACAUUCCUCUGUCUGUAACUUAAUCGAGUCUGCCUUAGGGUGCCACAAGACUGCACCCAUCCAUUCGAUCGAUCCGCCUCUUGUCUGUAACUUAAUUAUUUUGUUUUCUCGAGCACUGUAAGUCGAACUGAUGCAUCUUCAGUUUUAUUUUUUCAACGAAUAUUUCUGUCAGCGCAAUUAACGCAGACAACAGAGUUUGGAAAUGUUUCGUCCUAGUAAACCUUCCCUAUGCAUGCCU